GCUGCGGAUGGCGGCGCCGCCCCGGCUCCCGCCCAGCAGCAGGGGCAGGGCCCCCCCCGCGCCCCCUCCCCCUCCUCGGAGCCGUCGGCGGAGCCCCCCCGGGACCCCCCCCGGGACCCCCCCCAGGAGCCGGCAUCGCUGGAAGGAGGGGACCCCGAUGGGCGGGGGCCGCCCUCCUCCGGGACCCCGGUCGGAGACCCCCCGGGCCCUGUACCCCCCCCACCCCCCGACUCCCCCCGGUGCCCCCCCCACCCCGGGGGUCCCGGGGGAUGAGGUCGGGCCCCCCCCCGCCAAGCGCUGCCGCCAGGCUCCCAGUGACCAGGACCGGGGACCUCUGGCCGCCAGCAGCCCCCCGCCGCUGGACCCGUCCCAGUACGACCCCGCCAGGAGUGGGUACCACCCGCUGCAGGACGCCUGCUGGGGGCAUGGGCAAAGUGUCCCCUACCUGGCGGUGGCUCGCACCUUCGAGCGCAUUGAGGAAGCCUCAGCCCGGCUGAAGAUCAUCGAGACCCUCAGCAAUUUCCUGCGCUCGGUGCUGGCCCUGUCCCCGGGGGAGCUCCUGCCCUGCCUGCGCCUCUGCCUCAACCGCCCGGGGGCCCCCUCCGAGGGGCUGGAGCUGGGCAUCGGCGAGAGCCUCCUGACCCGUGCCCUCGCCCAGGCCACCGGCCGGCAGCUGGCGCAGAUCCGCAGCGAGGCGCAGGACAAGGGGGACCUGGGGCUGGUGGCGGAGAGCAGCCGCUGCACCCAGCGCACCGUGGUGGCUCCCGCCCCGCUCAGUGCUGCUGGAGUGCUGGGCAAGCUGCGGGAGAUGGCCACCAUGUCGGGCAACGCCUCGGCCAACAAGAAGAUCGGCAUCAUCAAGGGGCUCUUCGUCGCCUGCCGGCACUCGGAGGCGCGCUACCUCGUCCGGUCACUCAGCGGGAAGCUGCGCAUCGGGCUGGCCGAGCAGUCGGUGCUCACCGCCCUGGCGCACGCCGUGGCGCUCACCCCCCCGGGGCAAGGGUGGCCGCCAGCUGUGCUGGAUGCCGGGCAGGGCAUGGCCCCCGAGGCACGCAGGGCAUGGCUGGAGGAGCAGAGCCGAAUCCUCAAGCAGACCUUCUGCGAGCUGCCUGACUACGCUGCCAUCGUCCCGGUGCUGCUGGAGCACGGGCUGGAGAAGCUGCCCCAGCACUGCGGCAUCACCCCAGGUGUCCCCCUGAAGCCCAUGCUGGCCCAGCCUGCCCGUGGCGUAGGGGAGCUGCUGAAGCGCUUCGAGGAGGCAGCGUUCACCUGCGAGUAUAAAUAUGAUGGCGAGCGAGCCCAGAUCCACGUCCUGGAGAGUGGGGCCGUCUUCAUCUACAGCCGCAACCAGGAGAACACCACCGCCAAGUACCCCGACCUCGUGGACCGCAUCCCCAAGGUGCUGAAGCCUGGCGUGCGCUCCUGCAUCCUGGAUGCGGAGGCCGUGGCGUGGGAUCGGACCACAAGGCAGAUCCAGCCCUUCCAGGUGCUGAUGACGAGGAAGAGGAAGGACGUGGAUGCCGCUGCCAUCAAGGUGCAGGUCUGCCUCUACGCCUUCGACCUGCUCUACCUCAACGGGGAGCCCCUGGUGCGGCAGCCCCUGUCUGCGCGGCGCAAGCUCCUGCGGGAGUCCUUCGAGGAGGUGGAGGGCGAGUUCGUCUUCGCCACCUCCGCCGACACCCGCAGCGCCGAGGAGGUCUCGGAGUUCCUCGACAAGGCCAUCAAGGCCUCCUGCGAGGGCCUCAUGGUGAAGACCCUGGAGGUGGACGCCACCUACGAGAUCGCCAAGCGGUCGCACAAGUGGUUGAAGCUGAAGAAGGACUACCUGGACGGGCUUGGGGACACGCUGGACCUGGUGGUCAUCGGCGCCUACCUGGGCAAGGGCAAGCGUGCAGGCAUCUACGGGGGCUUCCUGCUGGCCUGCUACGACGAGGAGAGCGAGGAGUACCAGAGCAUCUGCAAGAUCGGCACCGGUUUCACGGAGGAGAGCCUGGAGAAGCACUACGGCUUCCUCAAGGAGCACGUCCUGGCCCAGCCACGUCCCUAUUACCGCUGGGACAGCGGGGCAGCCCCCGACCGCUGGCUGGCAGCAGUGCAGGUCUGGGAGGUGAAGUGCGGGGACCUCUCCAUCUCCCCCGUCUAUAGGGCAGCCGUGGGGCUGGUGGACGAGGAGAAGGGCAUCUCGCUGCGCUUCCCCCGGUUCCUUCGCGUGAGGGAGGACAAGAAGCCCGAGGAGGCCACCAGCAGCACCCAGGUGGCUGAGCUGUACAAGAAGCAGCAGCAGAUCCAGAACCAGCAGCAGGCAGAGAAAGGGGAGGACGAGGAGUUUUACUGAGAUACCACGGACCCUGUAGGGACCCCCCCAGAGCCCCCCUACUGUGGGGGGCACGGGGUGGGGACACUGGGGCCUGACCUUGUCCCUGAGGGCUACCCUGGGGAUGGGGACACUGGGACUUGGUGUCACUCCAGGCAGGGCCAGUUCCCUGCCCCCUUAGCCCACCCCCCCAAACCCUCCCUGCCUUCCCCUUUCGGGGGUCCCAUCAGGGACAAGGAUGCACAGAUGUGGUCACCCUUUAUCCCUGGGGUCCCCCUGCCCCUCUCUUCCAUAACAGGGACCCUAGGAUCCCCCCCCCCCCAAUCUGUGGGGUCCCAGGGCUCCCCCUCCAUCCCUUGGGUACCCCCUGCCUUCCCCUUCCCCAUAGUAGGGACCCCCCAUAUGUAGCCCUUCUUCCCUGGGGUCCCCACAUCCCUCCCCUCCAGCCUGGGGUCCCUAGGGCCUGAUCCUGCCCAGGCUACCUGUGUGCCCCCACCUUGUGUCCUCGUAUACCUCCCUGCUGGGACAGGGAUGCUGGAACAUGGCCAUCCUCCGUCCCUGGUGUCCCCACAGCCCUCUCCUCCAGCAAGGGGACCCCAGGGCAUGCCCCUGCCCCAUCCCCGUGUGCUUCUCCCCAACUGCAGUGGCUGGGGGUGGGGGGGGGCUGUGGUCCACCCUUGUCCCCAGGGUCCCCAAGUGCCUCCCUUCCAGCACCAGGGUCCCCACGUGCCUCUCGUGGACAGCGUCCCCUCACCCAUCCCCUCUGCUACCGUGUCCCUAAGGAGCUGCCCCUAAUAAAGCCAGAGGCUGUUUUUUUACUA